AUGAAGGAUAGAGAGCUGAAUGACCUGAUUAUGGUUGAAGUUAUCUAUGCGAUCAAGAGAGAAAUCAGAAGGUAUUCUAAAGGCCCUGAAUGUAUCCUGAAGCUGAAAUCUCCAGGGGAUAUCAGGAAAUUCAGUAACGAAUCAUUGUACCAACAGCUAUUGGUGAAGUGUCCAAAGAUAGCAGUCUUAAUUACUUCCAUUUGUCAGCCAGGCAACUUAAAAGGAAAUAUGCCACUCCUCAGCGAUGUAGAAACUACAAUUCGAUUCAGGAAUGCAGUGUGCAUGGCGACAUCCAUUUGUUUGCAUCAGCACAACCAACAGCUGAGUGCCACUCACUACAGGAUGAGUCUUCUUCUCAAUGGUGGACCCAAGGCACUCACGCUAGAACAUUGCUCACAUCUUGGCAUUUGCAUGUCACACCCCUCUGCCAUCAGUAUUCAAAAAAAGGCUUCAGCCCCUUCCAGCACAAAGGCUACCUCAUGGAAAGACGACACACCAUCAAAGUCUCUCCAGAUUAAGUUUUUGAAAGAAGUGCUGAAGGAGAAGCAUUCUUCACACACCGACCUCUCACAUGACAAGGCAGAGGGCACACACAACUCUCUUGUUUACCCUAGGCAUGUUGUUGUCAGUGCAGUAAAAGACAUUGAGAAGAGUAUUGUACAUUACAAGCAAGUAUGCAGCUGCAGGUUACAAAAUCUGAAUGGAUUAUAUGGUUGUUCAGAGGUUAAUAAUUUUCUAUGGUACAUUCUGUUUUUAUUUAACUUCCAAUACCUGGUCUCUAGAGAAACACAUGUACACUCUCUCACGCCCUCUCUCCCCCACUCUAUUGAUUCCCAGUAUCAUGAAGAUUGCAACCGCUGAUUGUUUAUAUACUCACAUCAUUUCUUAAGCCUUAUUAAGGUUUGGGUGUUAUGACUAUAUCUGAAAUGCAUCCACUUAACUAUGGAAUUUCCAAAACCAAGUUAAUAAAUUUGUUAGUUGAUUAAUAUUAUUAUUAUCAAUUUUCUUCCCGUUUUUUUUAAACUGGGGUGUGUAAUAAACAUUGUAUUAUCUAGUCAGGCAUAAAUCAAUGACAAUGAAAUGUAUAACAAAAGAUAAACAGGUCUUCUGUGGUAACAAAUUUUUGGUUUGGUUUGCAAGUAAUAUUAGAUCGCCGAGCAUAAUGUAAUAUAAUGGUCCAAAUCCUUCAUUGACAGAUUAGUCACAGACAAUAUUGAUCUAGCUGUGUAAGCCAGGCAUCAAUCAUCAAGCCAUCAAAACAAGUCCCUACACUGGACCCAUAGUUUUGCAUUCAAGAAUCGUGUUGAGCCUUAUGCAAGUCUAGUUGAUUGUCAGGCACAGAUGCGAUGCAAUUCAAAGACUUGUAGAUGAUCCAGAUACUUCCAAGCCAAAAGGAGUAGGUUGCCAUGCAAUCAUGUAUGGUAACACAUGUCUUUCGAGUAAUCUGUAAAUACUUUGAAGCGUAUAGAGGGUUUAAAUCAGCAGUAAGCCACCACGUCCCACAUAAGUAUUCAAAUGAAUUGAAGCAGAAGUCAAAACAAGUACGUAACUCUUUUUACUUCAGUGACAAAGUGGUAGUCCAUUUCACAGUUAAGGGGGUGCAAACGAGUUGACCUUGUUUUGAUACAACAGUCCCUGAUUUAUUAUGUUCUUAUACUCACUUUUUUUUUAGCAUGAAGAGGUUUGUAUCAACAAGGACAACCUCAGCCUCACAUUCACUCAGAGGCUAGGGUAUUAAGCUCAUAACUGUAAAAUGGUCAAUUCAAUUUGCCUUAUGCAUUAAAGAAAUGUAUUGCUUUUGCAAAGCUACUUUGUCUUGCUUAAACACAUUUCUCUGCCCUUGUUAUUGUGUCAAUGCGUGUAGCUAAAUUUUUGUUAAUUAUGUCUUGAAGGCCGUCUUGUAUGUGUAAUCAAAGGAAUUUUAAUUUUAAUUUAUCCUUUUCUAACACUUCUUAACUCAACCUGUCCCUCUCUGGAUUUUUAUUUUGUGGCAGGCAUCUGACGAUAAGUGAAAAUGAGAUUUUUUAUCGCCAGUUUCAUUCGCUCUGGGGUGUGCCAGAGAAGGGAUUAAACUUCCUUCCCAUAAACCAUUGCAAUGCCAUUAAAUAUUAUCAUAUCAUCUGAGCUUACUUUUCAUUUUAGACAACACAAAGGGAUAUUGACUACUUAAGUAGUCCAUGUUUUAACCCAAACAAGCACUUUUUAUGAUAAAACAUUUGCACUACAGCCUUAUAAGGUUUGGAUUUAACAUUCUCAAACUCAUUAAUAAUUCAUUAAGAAAAUACAAAGGAAAUUAAUGUUUAAUGAGUGUUUGGAAAUCGGAUGAAACACUGCUUAGUAUUUGCAUCCUUAAUUUCUCCUUCAAAAAUGAUUUUGUUUGAGAAGAAAUAUCAAACAUUCGACACAGUGUUUCAUCACCAGAUGAAACACCUCGAAGUUCGUCAAAAAUACUCCGCUGCGCGUCGUAUUUUCAACUCUCUUCUCGGUGUUUCAUCUGGUGAUGAAACACUGCAUCUCAUGUUUGAUAUAUUACGUCUUAAUUUCUCUAAUUUUUAGGGCCUCCUAGGGUUGGAUUUUUUAAACACAAAUAAGUCUGGUGACAUGGCAGACUUGUUAAAAAAGUUUCAAAAAGAAUAUGUUCCAAUGAAGGAAGAUCAUGUAUGGCACAAAGCAGGCAAAAGAGAGGACUCUUCUUGACCAGCCAAGACAAAGAAAGCCCACAAAGAAGACUUUGCAACUUUAAAGGAAAGAGGACUCAGAGGACGAAGAAAUCACAAAACAGCCAGUGUAGAAUGCAAAACCAAAACCAAAGAAAAAAGGAAGAGAGGCUGAGAAAGGGAAAGAAAAUGCAGGUGAAAAAGGAAAAGCUGUUCCCAUAGAAAUCAAAGACAGAGAAAAAGCAAAACCAAAAAAUACAUAUAUAUUUAAUCGCGUGUCUUUACAUGGUGGCAGCGAGUGGAGAGCUAUAGUGGUAAAAUAUUACACAUAGCCAAUCGCCUAACAAGUCUACAAGACUUAGUAUGGCAUCUAGAUUUUCGUUACCGCCGCCAGCACCCCUUGAAAUACACGACCCCAACGUUGCAGAGAAGUGGAAAAAGUUCCUCUUUGGUGUGGGAGAAUUACACACUUGUAACAGAGUUAAAUAAGAAGAGUGAGCCUGUUCAAGUGGCCACACUAUGA